AAACCGCUUUAAUGUUUUGAUCCGUGUUUCGUGUUUUUAUCUCGCGCGCACAGUUCCGCUCCGCGUUGGGUCUCCAAUUUUUUUGGUUUUCUGCGGAAAAAAAUUAGCAUGCCAAACUGGUACUACGAGAAAAAGGACCUCCGGAAUACGCCCUCCAUCCGGGAUGGAAUCGAUUUCGAGACGGAGCGCCGCUAUCGGAAGGAGGGCGCCCGCUUCAUCAUGCAGACCGGGACGUCGAUGGGCUUGGGCCACAACACGGUGGCGACCGGCGUCGUUUACUUUCACCGAUUCUAUAUGUUCCACUCGUUUAAGACCUUCCCCCGGUACGUGACCUCUUGUUGUUGUCUGUUUCUGGCUGGGAAGGUGGAGGAAACGCCUAAAAAGUGCAAGGACAUUAUCAAAACGGCCCGGUCGAUGCUGACGGAUGAAAAGUUUGCAUCGUUUGGUGAUGAUCCGAAGGAGGAAGUUAUGACCCUGGAGCGGAUUCUCCUACAGACAAUCAAAUUCGAUCUGCAAGUGGAGCAUCCCUAUUCGUUCCUGGUCAAGUACGCCAAGUGUUUAAAAGGGGACAGCGCCAAGCUGCAAAAGAUGGUUCAAAUGGCAUGGAACUUUGUGAACGAUUCCCUGAGCACCACGGUGUCCCUCCAGUGGGAGCCGGAAAUCAUCGCAGUGGCACUGAUCUACCUCGCCAGCAAGCUGAGCAAAUUCACCGUGGCCGAUUGGGCUGGGAAGCAGCCGGAGCACCUCAAGUGGUGGGACAUGUUUGUGCAGGACGUAACGAUGGAAAUUCUGGAGGACAUUUGCCACCAGGUGCUGGAUCUGUACCAGCAGCCAGCUCCUCCCGAGUCGGCACCGGAGAGCCCACCCCAGCUGCCGCCCAGCAAAUCGUCGCCGCCCAUGAAGCGCGCCAACAUUUCGCCGGUGACGGUGACGAAGAAUUCACCCACCAUGACCAAUCCGCCGCCGAAGACCUCGGUUCCGCCGCCACCCGUCGAAAUCGAAGCGAAUCCCAUCCCGAAACACAUUACCACAGACAAUUCGUCGUCCCUUGGUGGAAACUACGGAACCUAUCCCAUCUAUCCAAUCCACCAGGGGCCGCCUCCGUCGCAGCCACCACCUCCGUACAAUUCCGGGGUACCUCCUCCGUCGGGCCCACCACCCCAACCAUGGCAGCAUUAUCCUCAUCCGCACUCGAACAGUGGUUACUACCAGCCACCUCCUGGGCCCACGGGAGGAGGGCGCAACAACUAUUACCCGCCCCAGUGAAAACAUUUUUUUUUUUCGGAAAGUAUAUAUUCGCUGGAGCUUCGCCCAAUCUAUUCAGUAAGUAUGGAACAUUAUUCAAUAAAUUAUCUAAAAGUU